CCCCCCCCACACGAGUCAGACGGAACGUCCUCACUGCAGUCUGCAGUAAAUCCACCGGUACCUUCAGUGCGCACGAGUCGGCCAGCAUCCACUGCAGUCUCUUCUGCGGUCUUUUUUGCAGGUGGAAUAUGGGCGCAUACGGGACCGCCACGAUGUCUGUGUGUCUGUGUAGGACCUUCUCGCCCUUCCUGAUGCUGUUGGUACUGUCUGCUUCAGCCGAAGGCAGCGUAGGACCGAGCACCAACAACAGCUUCUGCACUGAGUCCAAGGAGUGCCUGGAGUACCAGCUGGUGUGCAAAACAGACGAAUAUGAAGUGCGCCACUACAGCCCCACGCGCUGGGUGUCCACCGACGCCGAGGCGUACUUCAUGGGGGUCGGGGCGGCCAUGGCCUUCAGGAGGCUCUUCCAGUACAUCACCGGCGCCAACGAGGAAGGUGUGCAGAUGGAGAUGACCACCCCAGUCCUGGUCAAAAUCCCUGAGGCAACCAAGAUGUGGGAACCAGCGGUGUACACUCUGAACUUCCCGCUGCCUGCAGCCUAUCAGGACAAGCCGCCCAAGCCGACCAAUGACAAGCUCUACUUCACGGACAUGCCCGACAUGGACGUUUACGUGCGGAGCUACGGCGGAUGGAUGCUGUCGGUCACCUCCAGACUGCACGCUCAUCUGCUGACCAAAGAGCUGGACCGCGUCCGGGCCUCCUACAACCACACGUACCACUAUGGCGUGGGCUACGACAGUCCCUUAAAGCUCACCAACAGGCACAACGAGGUGUGGUACAUCGCCGAGGGGGAGCCAGUGUGCACGGACCCCCGGGAGCCCACCCCGGCACACCCCCCCACGGCCACGCCCACCGGGAAGGCCCCGUUUGCCGCCGCCCUUCGCGCACUCCGUGCUUCCCCGGCAAAGCCCUCUGCCCCCUCCACCCGGGCCUCGGCCCCCCCGCCCUCAGGCUCCGCCUCCCCAGUGGGGCCCUCCAGUGCCCCCUCUGGGUCCCCUCUGAACCUGCCCGCUAAGACCCCCUCUCCGGUAACGCGGGGGGCCGCGUUCACCCUCCCCUUCGCCUCCGCCCAGAGCCCCCUGGAGCCGUCGUCCACCAACUCCUCUGUCGGCCCCUCCCUGGAGCCCCAGACCGCCAGCGGGCCCCAGAAUGUCACAGACUUCCAAACCUUUACUGGUAUCAGCAGCACCGCCACGGGGCCCCAGAAUGUGAGUGAGGUUACCACCGUUACGGGGCCCCAGAAUGUGAGUGAGUUACACACCGCCACGGGGCCCCAGAAUGUGAGUGAGUUACACACCGCCACGGGCCCCCAGAAUGUAAGCAUGGCACACAUGUUUACAGGCCCCCAGAAUGAUGGCACGUCACAAACCGUGACGGGCCCCCAGAAUGUUAGUGACCCCCAGGCUGUUACCGGUCUGGACAGUGUUAACGGGGCCCAGAAGCUUAGUGACCCCCAGGCCGUUACCGGUCUGGACAGUGUUAACGGGGCCCAGAAUGAUAGUGACCCCCAGGCUGUUACCGGUCUGGACAGUGUUAACGGGGCCCAGAAUGAUAGUGAACAGCAGGCCGUUACCGUAGCCCAGGAUGUGAGCGAACUUCAAACGGCCACCGGCCCCCAGGAUGUAAACGACUCACACACUGUCACUUCCCCAGAGACCGCUACUGGUUCCCAGACCCGUAGUGAGCUGCAGAAUGACAGCGGCCCCUGGAACGAUACUGCUCAGGGCUACCCAGAGGCACAGCUAGACGAGGAUCUGGAGGUUAAGCUACCUGACACUCAGUAGCAACGCCACCGACUACGGUUGGAACCACUCACCCACUGCAAACGCAAACAAAGGUGCAGAGGUGAUUGGUAAGAGGAGUCGUGAGGGGAAGAGAGACAGCCGUGAUAGAUGGUAGAGGUUAGGAAGUGUAACUAUCAGAGGAAGAAGGAGGGGGGGUGCGGAAGGAGGAAGGAAUGUGUUGGGAAACCUGCUAGUUUCUGCUUGAUGUGUGUCUAUGCCCCGCUUACCUGCCUAGUUUCUGUGUUAAUGUGUAUCCGUCCCUCUACUCCUAGUCGCACUUAGCCAAUGUGUAACUCCCAUGUUACAUCACAGCUCUGUACACAUGGCUCAUAGAAAAAUACUAAGACACCUGUCCCAUGGCAUCGCAUAUUUACACACCAACCUGUUGGAGAGAGAACCUGUGUUGAAUUUGAAUAAACAGGAACAAAUGGGGGGUCAUGAUAGCACCUUAAUAGGAUUAAUUUCAACAAGAAGUACUUAAUGGCAUUGCUGAUUGUGUAAUUUUGGAAUUGACAAAACAUUAAGAUACGCAUUUGCUUUCGUUAAUCGUAUUCCUAUGUGUAAGAUACAUGCUAGUCUAACUACUGGUAGCAUUCUAUACUGGAGGUCAUUCGAAAGGCAUCUCCAUGGUGUGAGCUAUUGAGUUGUGAAGUUCUUCAUGCUAUAUGGCUUUUACUGUCUGUGUGGGCUUUCCUUAUGUCAGGUGUUGCUGCGUAAUAGACAACUUCUCUUCAUCAGUUAUGUACUUUUGUGGUUUUUGCAAAGCGAUGUAACAAGUAUUUAUUGGGAUUUCUUGGCACUGUUUAUUUUAAACAUGCAGCGCAUUUCAGAACUGCCCUACAUAUUUACUCUCAACUGUUCCUUGUAUCGUUUUGCUUUGUCUCUUCAUCCAUCUUCAAUAAGCAUAUUACACUCGAAAAGUGCCUAUAAUUACACAGUUCUUUGGAUACAAAUUCAUAAAACGCAUCCAUUUCAUCGGAUUCAAUUCGGACGUCCUCAAUACUUUACUGAGCUUCAGUUGUUCUUUUGUUGCUGGUUUUCUUGUCUCCGUGUAAUUUGAAUUUGAUUGAUUUGCACAUAUGAGACAACCGGGGCCACAUCAAUCAACGGAGCCCCUGUUAAGAAAGACAAUCUCAAAUGUGAUGCCCAGUUCACUUCAUGCUUGCAUGUGGAGCUGUGGUGGCAGGCCCCAACCACCCACGGUGAAGCUGUUGCGUCACUCCGCAUUAGUGAUAAGUUUGGAAUAUGUACACCACUGAGCUUCAUGUUUUAUGUACAAGGCAAUAAAAUAAUAAAACAA